AUGCAACAAGACCGAGUCCACACAGCCGAGCGGGCCGACUUCUUCGGCCUGCGCGGGCUGAGGUUGAAGAUUGCCAUGGUGGUGCUCACUGUAUUGCCCAGCUUCCUCUUGUUUGGAUACAAUAAUGGGUCCAUGGGGCCUAUCACCAAUCUCGAAUCUUUCGCUAAGCAAUUCCCAAGAAUCGAUGUGGUCACCACAAAAGGAGAAGAAAAAUCCUACAAUGCCUUGAUUCUGGGUAUCGUGGUCGCAUGCUAUAACCUUGGAUGUAUCUCAGGAGCCUUGUCAACAAUCGCAUAUGGCAACGUGUUCGGGCGUCUGAGGUCAAUCGGCAUUGGAUUGGUGUUGUCUCUGAUCGGUCUAGCCGUUGAGACCUCUUCGUACAGCCUCGGUCAGCUCAUAGUGGGGAGGCUGCUCGUGGGAGGGUCUAUCGGUAUACUUUCCGCCAGUAUCCCAGUCUGGCAGACCGAGUGCGCAACCACAAAACACAGAGGCGCGUUUGUGAUCAUGGAGGGGAUUUUCAUCUCAGCCGGGAUCACAUUUCCCAACUGGAUCAGCUUCGGCACAUUCCCUGCGCUGCACGGAUCAACGCAGUGGCGAGUCACGAUGGUACUGCCAGCCGUGCUGGCAAUAUGUGCUUUGCCUUUCCUGUUCUGGAUGCCGGAGAGCCCGCGGUGGCUGAUGUUAAAGGGCAGAGUCAAUGACGCUCGCAAUGUCAUUGCUGCCAUCAUGGACAAACCGCAGGAUCACGAGAACGUCUCCGCCGAGGUAGCUCAUAUCCAAAGCCAGCUCGAGCUGACCACAGGCAACGUGAAGUCAUUCUUCACACGGAGGCCCGAGAGGCCACUACAUCGAGCGCUCAUCGCAUUUGCGGCGCAGAGCAUGACACAGUGGAACGGGUGUUCUGCCAUGAUAUCAUACACUGGCAUCGUUUUCGCGGACCUUGGUUUCGAGGGUACGCAAGGACAUCUGCUUGGCGCUGGCUUCACGACGACCUUCACCGUGGCUGCGAUCCUACCACUAUUCCUCGUGGACAGAGUCGGUCGUCGCAAGCUGUUCCUUGUGGCCGCUUUCGGGGUCUGUGUCUCAAUGGCUGUGUUGGCUGGAACAGCAGGUCGUUCAGAGUACGCGCCUGUCGCACUGACCUUCAUGUUCCUGUAUGCUGUGUCGUACGCCAUUGGAUUUCUAGGGCUGCCAUUUCUCUACGCGAGCGAGAUCGCCCCGAUACGCCUUCGUGUGCCAAUCUCGGCCAUCUCUGUCACGGGACAGUGGUUGGGUCAAUUCGUGGUUGGACAAAUCACUCCUCCUGGCUUGACGAAUCUCGGUAGCCGAUACUGGAUCAUUUGGGCCGUCUUCAAUGCGAGCUUCAUUCCGAUCAUAUACUUCUUUUUUCCUGAGACCAAUGGCAGAUCGCUGGAAGACAUCGACGAGCUCUUCGAGAGUUCUGGCACCCUCAAUGUUGUGUCCAAUGCACGAAAGUGGAACAGCAGCUGGCAGGCUGAAGACGUUCAGUCUGCUAACCAGCACAAAGGGAGCAGUAUGACCGAAAUUGAGGAAGCAUAA